UCCUGCUCGCAGCUCUUGAAAAAGAGACCACGCGUGGGCGGCCGGCGCAUAGCAGCCAGCCGGGAGCCUGCGUUGAACGCGCGCCUCGGAGAGGCAGGCCGUGGUCCGCGACUCCCGAGUGUCGGUCGGUACGCAUCCCUCGUCGCUGAUCGGAGUGAGCUCGUGCUGGGCUGUCGGGCGUGCGCAGGCGCUGCACACGAGCUGUCAUCUGCAGGGAGCUCGCUUUUGUGACAGGAUUUCCAUCGUUUUUUUUUUUUUUCUACUUCUGCUUUUCCCGAGAGUUCUUACUCGUAUCUAAAGGUGAUUUCGUCUCCUCACAGCGCCAGUACGAUGUCGAAGGUAGCGAAAGUUGCAUUGUUUUCGAUUCUGUGCGCCUUCUUCAGCACUGGAGACGCCGACGGUGCCACCAUCCUCGAAAGGCUGCGGAACAGAAUAUUCUCUACAAAAAAACAUCCACUUAUACUAGUGCCUGGCGACGGCGGCAGUCAACUCGAGGCCCAGUUGAACAAGAGCGAGACGGUGCAUUACUUUUGCGAAAGGAGAACCAAUGACUACUUCGACCUCUGGGUCAACCUCGAGCUGAUGGUGCCUUACGUGCUCGACUGUUGGGUCGACAACAUGAGGUUGGUGUACGACAACAAGACGAGGACCACGAGGCCUCCGGACGGAGUGCACAUUCGGGUACCUGGCUUCGGUAACACGACCACCGUCGAGUGGCUGGACCCGAGCCAGGUGUCUCCAACUGCGUACUUCACAAGGAUUGUGGAGGAACUCGUUGCCCACGGCUACCAGAGAGGGAUCGACGUUCUGGGCGCUCCUUACGACUUCAGAAAAGCACCGAAUGAAUUGGGCGACUACUUCGAGCGACUGCACGGGCUCAUAGAGGAUUCGUACACUAACAACGAUAACAUGCCUGUCAUCAUGGUAUGCCAUAGUAUGGGAUGCCCCAACCUGAGGUACUUCUUUAGUCGUCAACCGCAGGCCUGGAAAGACAAAUAUGUUAGGGCCAUGGUGACCCUCGGGGGCGCUUGGGGCGGCGCCGUCAAGGCGCUCAAGGCCUAUGCUUCUGGCGAGAAUUUGGGCGUUGUGGUGAUCAACCCUUUGUCGGUGCGGCCCGAGCAGCGGUCUGCACCCAGCUUGGCCUACAUGCUGCCCAACCGGCUCUACUGGAACGAGUCCGAGGUUCUGGUGAAGACUGUUAACCGGAGUUACGGCCUGGCAGACUAUGAGGCUUUCUUCAGUGACAUCGGUUUCCCAGAUGGUUACGAAAUGUUUAAGGACACACGGUCGUUUAUGCUCGACACCACGGCGCCAGGCGUCGAGAUCCAUUGUCUGCACGGCCGAAACGUCAGCACCAUUGAGAGGAUCGAGUACCACAAGCCGGGCUUUCCGGACAUCCAGCCUGAGGUGGUGUUCGGCGACGGCGACGGCACCGUGAAUAUUCGCAGCCUUCGGGGUUGCUUGCGCUUCCAGAGCAGUCAGAGCCAGCCCGUCUACGAGAAAACUCUUGACAACGUGGAGCACAUGAGCAUCCUCUACGACAAGGCCGCCAUCGACUACAUCAAGGCGCUCGCAAUGGGACAAUGACACGACCGAGUGUGGCCCCUUUAGGACAAAGGGGCUGUGCGAGCGAGUGUUCGGCUAUAUGUUCGCAGUGUGGUCGCGUCAUUGCAAUCUCUAUGAUUUCUCUCUAAUCCCGUUUCGGGAGCGAGAGGGCACGCAGCGUGUCUCCUGACGUCUCCCGCGUGAUUUCGUGACACUUGUUGCGACCGCUAUCGCCUGAGCGCAGCCGUAUGCUGUGGUGGUGCGCCACCUGCUCGCCUCACGGAACACUCGUUUCGUGAUCAACUCUGCAUGGCCAGAGCCAGAUUCCAAAUACUCGCAAGCUGUGCCGCUCACACAGUCGCUGCCCUUACGACGCUGUACGAAUUACCAAUCGCAACACUCUGUACACGCGUGGACAGUGGAAAGCAUUUCGACGCUUCUUGGCAAUGGAGGCAUACAGUUGCCACGACGAGUGCAGCGUUGUUCGUGUUGUAGCAACUCACUGAGUAACUGGGGAUGUCGCAUCAGUUAUUUAUGUCAUACUUUGUCGGAAUGCGCGAAUUUCACCAAGCCGCUCGAUAACACGGGAAACCAUUCAGCAUGAGUAUUGCCUUUCUGAUCUACCUGGGCCGGUAUUUUGUAGCGCUGCCUUUCUGAUGCUAAUGCCUUUUCACGCUAAUCGCGCUUGGUCAGUGGUCAGAGCGAGGUCCGCUCACGUUAUCAACGGGAUCAGCCGGCCGUGAGUGGGUGAUAAGACUAGUAUAGAAAUAAAGCAUAACGCAUCGUUACGAAAUACCGGCACUGAUGAGAAGCGGUCGAACACGUUACCACGUAUUAGAAAGUCUGCCUCGUUCGGCGCUCACUAAGUCUAUCAAAUCGACGAUCUCGUCUUGUUAUCCGCUUCAAAAGUGCGUAGAGACAUUAUUGACUGAAUGCACUGUAUGAGAAAAAGUGUUACUAGAAAGCCUGGUAAAGAAAAAGAGAACAAUGUGGCACUGUCUAAAAUUAAAUAGAAUGGUUUAGUGCUAUCCUACCAUCCUGAUACGUAUGGUGUUAUAUGGGCAACUUAGGCGCUUUUUGCAUGUGAUUGACUGUGUGCUGCGAAGAGAGAUCUUGCACUUGUUUGGGUGCUUUACUGACUAACAUUUUGCAUAGAAAUGUAAUCUACAAUGUGUCGAUAUUUCCUUAAUUGCGAUGCUGUGAUUAAAAAGAAAGCAUGCGGAAAUUAUUAUCCUCCAGUGUUGCUAGAGAAUCUGUCAAGGUUCCGUGCAUCUGCGACGCUCGCGCGGAGGCCUUUCUGCCUUGUCGCCUGAGACGAACAGUUGCAUAGUAUAAGCGGAAGGGGAGGUGAAGCAUAUAACGUUGUCUUGGAGGCUGCCUUUCCCGAUCCCGACUCAGUCCCGGUUACAAAGUUCGGCAAUUGCUCUAUACAGAAGAAAGUCGUCUGGGGCUGGAAUUCCUGAACCUUUUCGUUGGUAAGUGUCAUUGACCAGCCGGUGUCGUUAAUAUUCCCAGCAUCAGGAUUGCCCGGCAUCUUCUGUUACGAGCAGCUCUAGCGUAUCAACUUUUUUGUGAAUACUGGGAAAGCUUCGAACACCCUUUCACUGUAAAGGUAAAUAAAAAUACCUUCGUGUCUCCUGGCUGAGUCCGCAGUUGAACGUGUUACCCUUUGGCGUAUUUCUUGCUCCAAUUUUUGCCCUUCCAUGUAUAUUACAGUGAUUCAGUCGAGAGGAAAGCUAUAAGGAGCACGUCAAGCCUGCGCAAAUAUGUCCCGGUAGUUCCAUUCAUGCUUUGUGAACAGGAAGGCUAUUUUUUUUGAACAAUCAGCAUAAUAUGGUUGUAGUCACUAUCGCCAUCAGAUCGGCAACACUAUCGCCACCGGCAACAGCUUCCGGCUUUUGACAAAAGAAGGCUUGAAGCGACGGACACGAGCGCUGGCACACUCUUUUGCUGCUACUGCUAGUAACCGUCGCACGUCUUUUUCCGCGUCUGAUUGCCGUGAUUUCGCGAUAUCACAUUUGAUAUCGAAACGCUGGAACCUCGAGUCAACCGCGCAAGGCGCGAUGCAGCGUCCGGCCCGGCUCCGUCCCAGGGAUUUCACCUUUCGCUGUGCCCAACCUGGAAGCGGUCGAACUCCGCGGUCGAUGAUUCCAAUGGAACUGAGACGACGACGACGACGUUGCAACGGAAGCGUCUGCGAGAUGGGACCAUGGAGCGGCCGCCUGCUCGAGUACGCCGCGUACUUGGUUGGCAACUGUUCCAAACUGUGCCUGUCGGUCGACCAGCUCUUCUCCAACUUGCAUUACCUCCGGAGCAUCGAGGGCCAUUGCCGGGUGAACCACGACAAGUCGGGUACGGACAGUGCGGCCAACGGCUGCAUGGUCCUCGUAGACCUCUUCCUAUGCAACGAGUUCCUGUGGGUCAUCGCCUUCGAGCUCCCCGAAGUCAGUCCAGGGCGGCUGACCUUGGCGUGUCUGCGCGGACGCGUGGUUCACGUCGCGCCCAACAUGCAGCGCAGGCCAUCGCCUCUGGCUGCUCAAGGCACACCACUGCAUCGAGAUCAUGGAACUGCGCGACUCGGGCGUCCAGCAAAACCUCUUCCUGAUCCGGGACGGCUUCUGGCUGAGCCGCAACCUGGGGCACGUGAAGCUGUGCAACUACCUUCUGAACGUCUACCCACCCAGGGACCUGAUGGACGCGCUCCGCUCAACGGUGGCCGCGCGCGACACGCUGGAGAUCAUAAGCGUGCACUUCCCGAGCGUCGGCGUGCCCAUGCAGUGCAAGCUGCUCGGCUGGUGCGAAGCAGCGACUGCCUGCGUGAGUACGCUGCGCAUCUGGUCGACAGUUGUCCCAGCCUGUGCCCGUCAGUCAACCAGCUCUUCUCGAACCUGCGUUACCUUCGGAGCAUCCCGAUCCAAAGCCGGGUGAACUACGACCAGUCGCGCACGGCCAGCAUGGACAACGGCAGCAUUCUACUCGCGGUGCUAUCGCUGUGGAAUGAAUUCCUGUGGGCCAUCAACUUCGAGCUAUACGCGAAGUCAGUUCAGGCAGGCUAGCCCUGGCGUGUCAUCGCGCAUGUAUGGUUCCCCUCGCUUCCAACAUUCAAUGCAUACACACCAUUGCCAGGCGGCCUUCAAUAUUAUUUCCAUCAUCUGGAUUGCUGGCAUUUGCUCUUAGUAACAGUUAUCGCUUGAGAACGUUUUUGUGAAUACGGUCAAGGCUUAAAACCUCCUUAUAGUUUAAAAUAAAAUACAUAUACUUGUGUGUCUCCUGAAUGAGCCCGCAAUUAAAUGCGUUGUUGUUUGCUUUAA